AUUCGGUUCAUCAUGGUGAGCUCUUCAGCAGAAGUGAAUAUAUCCUCCUUACCGUGCACAAUGGUUCUCCAGUUCUUAUUCUUGCAUUUGGACGACCAAGACCAGCUUUGAGACCUCUGCCUCUACUUAUAGUGCAGACUGGAGAUCUGCUGCAAAAUCAGCGCCAACAACAUGGGUUUUCAUGGCGACACAGCCCAUGGCUAUCUGCAGCCAGAUCCUCCAGCAGUACCAGGAGUUCGAUGACUAGACACAAGCAUAUGAUCUUUCUCUUGGUUAUCCACCUCUCGGAUUCAGAAGGAAAACCUGAAAGCUUCUCCGCCAUUUCCGACGUUCACGCUUUCCCUCCGGUGACUGCACCCGACGCCCGCGACUUCCGUGAAGCCUCCAACUCAAGUGACUAGUCUUUCAAGAUUCAGGUGAUCAUGUACGGGUUAAGCAGAAGAUUGCUGGUGUUUCAGAGAGGGUUGCAUGCAUUAUCUGAGAAUCGGAAUGGCCCAAGUGAGAGCUUGAGGAGAAAGGUUGCUGAGAUGGAAAAGUUCAAGAAGAAGAGAAACCCCAGAAAAGAUCAGCUUUUUGUGCAAGUUCCGGAGUCCCUAUCGUUCCUUGACACUGCAACAGCGCCAAUGAUCUUCACUGCAGUUGGAAUUGCUCUUUUUGCAAAGAUUCUCAUGAUGUAUGAUGAUUCGAAAUCUCAAGAGAUGAUUGAGAGGAAAAUAAAGAAUGCUCCAGCUGGUCAAGGCACGGUCAGGAUGCUCACUCGUGAAGAGUGGGAACGAAUAAGAGAGGAGAGGCCGAGAACUCCAUUUGAGUCCAAGCUUGCUCGUCCAAAUGCAAGAAUAAGAACUGGAGAACCAUUGUGCACGGAGGAUUUGAAGGAUUGGACGAUUGAUGUGUUCACUGAUGCACUUGCUCGAGCAGAAGAAAGUGUUCGUAAUUCAAGAUGACUUCAAUCUGAUUUGUACUUAUCCUGUACAUUGCAGUAAUGUAAGGUCCUUUUCAAGAGUAGACUGUCCAUGUAGUUUACUCGCCUAGUAAAUUCUUGGAUAGCUGAUAAGUCCAUGAAGGUAGAAAAAUGCAGGUCACACAUUUGAUGUCAUCAUCACAUUUUGAUCGAGUGAACUGAGGCUCAGCAUUCCACAGAAGCAUGAUUUAGGUUGUAAGGUGGGUGAUUUCGUUGUUCAUUUUCUAAACUUUUGGUCAUUUGCAUAUCAAAUGCAUCACCAGAAACAAAUUCCAAGUUAUCUUUAAUAUGAUACCAGCUAAAAAUUCAGGAACCUGUAAUGCCAGGUCAUCGAUGUGAUGCUUCCGAGCUUCCAUUUAGUUUCCUAAGGGGAUCUUGAUCAAUUUCCUGUAA